ACGACGCCCAUCUCGCGGUGCCUUCUGGGAAAUGUAGUACUCUCCGUUACACUGCUACGUCUUUCUCGUCGACUUCCGGGAAGCAGAAAGACUACAAAGCAGCCGGUCGCGGCGAAGGGAAGCUCCACUCGAUUGUUUCUUCAGCCAGCGGGCAGCUAAGAUGUUGGCCGUCCUGUCUGUGCUGUUUUUAUGUUUCAAUCCGGUUUUCUGCGUCUUCCAGAGGCUUUACUGCACCAUCUCGGACAGCUGCGACUGCGACUUCAAGCCCAACAUCAGAGACUUGGAGUGGGAUCUCUACAAGAAUGUCUUCGGUCAACAUCUGGCUCAGGACAUCGUGUCCGAGGAGGUGGCCAGGUUCCUUCAGAAUAAAAGCCCCGACCGGCCCCUGGUGCUGUCGUUCCACGGCUCCUCGGGGACGGGGAAGACGAUGGUCAGCUCCAUGUUAGGGAACCAUCUGUACGGCUCGGCCAUGAGCAGCCCCUACGUCCACCAGUUCAUCCCCACGCUGCACUUCCCCUCGGCCCAGCGGGUCAACCGGUACCGGAAGGAGUUGAGGAGUUGGGUUCAGGGGAACCUGACUGAAUGCGCUCGAUCCGUCUUUAUCUUCGACGAGAUGGAGAAGAUGCCUCCGGGCCUCAUCGACGUCCUGGAACCUUUCCUGGGUCCCUCACAUGUUGUGUUUCGCACAAACUACCGCAAAGCCAUCUACGUCUUCAUCAGCACUACAGGACAGGAGGUGAUCUACAAAGUAGCUCUGGAGAACCGGCAGGCCGGACGGGAAAGAGAAGAGAUCAAGAUGAGUGACCUGCAGGACGCCUUAGCAGAGGCUGUUUACAAUGACAACACCAGUGGCUUCUUCCACUCCAGCAUCAUCCAGCAGAACCUCGUCUCCUCGUUCGUUCCCUUCCUGCCUCUGACUCGUUGCCACGUCCAGCGCUGCGUCCGCUCGCAGCUCUGCCAGCGGGGGAGCUGCAGCCGCAGUGACGUGGUGGAGGCAGUAGGGGGCGACAUGCAGUACGCCCCCGUCCAGGGACAAUACUUCUCCACCACCGGCUGCAAGGCCGUCCCCGCCAAAAUCAACUUCUUCCUCUGAGGUUUUACUCCAGGAUCCAAAAGGGAAGCUCCUUCUGAGGCGAGUCAGGCACGAAACACUGAACUCUGAGAGCAGUGCCUGAAUACACUCUACCUCAAAAUCUGGACUUCUAACCUGGAGGCGUCGCUUCAUGUCGGAUUAAACGUCAGUAUUUGUCCAUCCUUAAAUUAUUUUCACAUUAAUAACAGCUGGAGAGACGACAGAUUCUACCCAGAGACUCAUCUGUUUGUUUUUAAACUAGAACGACGACGUUCAACCCUCUGAACUCCAAAGAGCAGUUUAUACCCAUUUUAAGUCCAGCAUGAAGUCCUGAACCUCUACGGAAAUGAAGAACAGAGACACAAAACGACAAAAAUGAGACACAAAACGACAAAAAUGAGACACAAAACGACAAAAAUGAGACACAAAGCGGCAAAAAUGAGACACAAAGCGACAAAAAUGAGACAUAGAAUGACAAAAAUGUGGCAUAACGCGACAAAAAUUAGACAUAAAAUGACAAAAAUGUGACACUAAAUGAGGUGAAACGGAAACAACAGAAAUGUGGAUUUUCCAGCUCCGAAGCUAAUUUUAGGAAAACUUAAGACUGUCAGUUUUUGAUGACAUUUUGGAGCAAGUUGUUGGAGAAACAUCUUCUAAACUAACCCUAGCAAAAAAUGACAAAAACCAGGCAAAAUAACAAAAAGGAGACACAAACUGACAGGAAUGAGACAAAAACGACAACAGAAACGUGACAAAAAUGAGACACAAAAGGCAAAAAAUGGGACAAAAACGAGACCAAAAAACGACAGAAACAAGACACAAAAUGACCAACCUGCAACAGAAAAUAACUAAAACAAGACACAACGUGACAAAAUUGAGACACAAAGCGACAAACACGAGACAAAAAACGACAAAUGAGACACAAAAUAACGAAAAUGAGACACGAAGCGACAAAAACGAGACAAAACACAACAAAAAUGCGAGAACAAACAAGACAAAGUGACAAAAACAAGACAAAAAGGGGAACUUCAUCUGUGUUUUUUUAAAAACUAGAACUAUGUUAACUGCAUCGUCCCUAUCAAAUACAUAAAUUCAAAUCAAAUCACAAAUCACAAAAAUUUUUUAAAAAAAGCUCCCUACUGACUCACCAUUCUACAGAUAUUGAACUGUUUACAAUUUAAAUUUGUGGACAUGCUUGUCUCCAAUCUGCUCGGUUUAAACCAUGCCUAAAAGUUCCUAAAUGGGCACAACUGUGACUAAAAGUAGAGAAAACUACUUUUUCUUCUGUGCAGAGUGACACAGUUAGAAUGGCAGAAAAUAUAAAGGGAAAGAAAUAUAAAGGGAAAUAAAGAAAGUUAAAUUUCUUUAAUUUUUUUUGUCACAAAAACUAAAAAAUCCCCAAAAAUCUGGAAGUAAAAUGUGUAGAAAAAAAACUCCAGAUAUUUAAUUGCCUCCAUGUUUCCUGUUCUCUCUACUCUGUUCAUCAUCAGUAGAACGAUGUUUCUCCAUGCUGGAUGCAUCUCCUCUGUUCACUGUUUCUGAGCCAUGCCACAUUUAUUUUUUUUAUCCAGUAGCUUUGAUCGUCUUUUCAGUCUCAAAUGGUCGAGAAUGGUUUGAAACUUGUCUAAAGUAGCAUAAAAUCGACCAAACUGACCCAAAUUAACGACCAGCAGACACAGAAAGAUGCAAAAAUGACAUUGAAGUGACACAAAAAGAUGUAAAAUGAUUGAAAAACACCUCCAAAAUUUAGAAAAAUUAACUCAAAAACUGCCCAAAAAUACUUUAAAAUUAGUUGAAUUUGUAAAAUUAACCAAGAAUUAGUUUAAGAUGACAAUAUUUGACUCAUUAUAGAGAAUCUGAAUAGUUUUCGAGAUGUUUUUUUUUGUCAUUUUGGAGACAUUUUAGUCCAGUUUUGAGCCUCUGUUCAUCUGUAGAAAGAUGUUUCACCAUGCUGAUUGGAUCUCCAACAAGGCACUCCUCCGUCACUCAGUCUUUUGUUUUUUGUUGUUUUUUUUCAUUUUUGAGUCUCAUUUUAGUGAUUUUUUUUUUUCAUCUUUGGGACAGCUUAAUCUCUUUCUGUUCACUUUGUGUCUCCUUUUUGCUGUUUUGUGUCUCAUUUUUUGGAUUUUGUGUCUUUUUUAUUGUUUUAUGUCGAAUUUUUGCCAUCGUGUGUCUUAUUUGUGCCAAUUUUUGAUGGUUUUGUCUCCACAUACUGUAGCUAUUUAAGUAUUUCCGUGUUAGCUAGCCUUUGCUCUGGUGAAACGCCGCCUGCAGUUCAACCUGAAAUCUCUCCAUAUCUUUGUCCUCUCCCUGUUGGUCACAGUUGAGUCAUUCGUGGCUUUUUUGUUUUGUAGAAGAGCAAAGAAUUUUUUAUUUUUUACAGAAUUUGAUUCGAACAAACGGCUUAUUUUUGGUGAAUUUUUAAACACAAGUGAUAUUGAUGAAAUAUAGUGAUUUUAAGCUUGGAUUUGGUUCAUUUUCCUGAUUCUCUACAUUUUCUGGCUCGUCUGAAUGAUGUAAUUUAGUAAAUUUUGUUAAAAAAAGAGAACUCGCUCUUCAAACCUGCCGGCGGGUUUUGGGGUUCAGAGGGUUAAUUUGUACAGAGGGAAGCUGUUGGUAGAAAUCAACCCUUCAAUUCACAGCUCAUGUUUUAUUAAAGAGGACAAUAUUUGUGCAGAAAUUCCAUGCAUUUCAUGAUUAGUAUUCCAGGUAAACUGUGUUUUAUCUGGAUGGAAACGGUGGUGGAUGUUGUUGUUUUUUUUUUUUUUUGACAAUUAGGAAACUAAAAAUGUUCCAGGACUGAAAAACAUCUUGAGUCAAGCUGAGGUUCUACAUCUGGAGCGCUGCUACUGUUUUUAAAAUGAAAUAAGAAGAAAAAAAGAUCGAUUUUACUUGAAAACAUUAAAGUUCCAGGAGGAGUCAGUUCUCUGUUUGUGCCACCAGGAGGCAGCAGAGACCAGAUGGAACCCAUAGACUGUUUAUUAAUGAUAGAUCUGUGAUGGAACCCAUAGACUGUUUAUUAAUGAUAGAUCUAUGAUGGAACCCAUAGACUGUUUAUUAAUGAUAGAUCUGUGAUGGAACCCAUAGACUGUUUAUUAAUGAUUGAUCUAUGAUGGAACCCAUAGACUGUUUAUUAAUGAUAGAUCUGUGAUGGAACCCAUAGACAGUUUAUUGAUGAUAGAUCUGUGAUGGAACCCAUAGACUGUUUAUUAAUGAUAGAUCUAUGAUGGAACCCAUAGACUGUUUAUUAAUGAUAGAUCUAUGAUGGAACCCAUAGACAGUUUAUUGAUGAUAGAUCUAUGAUGGAACCCAUAGACAGUUUAUUGAUGAUAGAUCUAUGAUGGAACCCAUAGACAGUUUAUUGAUGAUAGAUCUAUGAUGGAACUCGUAGACUGUUUAUUGAUGAUAGAUCUAUGAUGGAACCCAUAGACAGUUUAUUGAUGAUAGAUCUAUGAUGGAACCCAUAGACUGUUUAUUGAUGAUAGAUCUAUGAUGGAACUCGUAGUCUGUUGGAUGUAAACAAGCACUUUAUGGACAAUUAAACACUUUCUACUCUG